UGACGUUGAAUGUCGUGUCCGGAAGUGUCGUGGCUUAUAUGGACAGCUGGGAAAUUGUAUUCUGUCAUUGUGGACUUUUGCGUUUGUUUUGGUUAUCCCAAUCUGAAAAGUAUAUUAUUUGACUCUAAAUAAGUGCUCACAUGGGUUUGUUUGACAGGCAACGCACCCGGUGGACGUGACGCGUCCAGAAACUUUUCCGAAUAUUCCAUCUGGCAAGCCAGCUAGCUAGUUAGCUAGCUAGCUAACAGGCUAAGGAGACAGCCAGAUGACAGAUACUUGUGUGUUUAUGUACAGUUUAUAAGCUAAAUAAGUACACACGAGAAGAUGCAUCAGAGGCAGAAGAGACCUUGUUAUAUACUUUAACGUUAAAUCGAUCCAGGUUAAUACCACUAUUCUGGUAACAGCAAUGUAAAGGAUAUUAGAUAUAUAACUAGUGUAACUUGGCGUGUGUGGUGUUCAAAAAUGGAUGAGAAAUACAGCAGCAACGUAUUAUCAGGAGGGAAGCUGGGCAUGGUCGAGGUACCCGAUUCCAGAUUAACCAGGUACAUUGUUGAACUUAUCAUCGCAAAGCUCCUGAAGGCUUUAGGGAUCUUUGAAUCAUAUGACAUCCUCAAAGUUAUUCACAUAGUUCAUUUCAUCUUUGUCUUAAAAUUAGGGAGCGCUGUUAUUCUGCUUUUCUUUCAAAAGCCUUUUUCAUCUGGGAAAGCCAUCUCCAAAGGACAGUGGAUAAAAUUAGUGAAGCACGCCAUUUUCAGCUGUGUCAUAUCCCUCCUGGGCUUCUUCGGUCUAACUCUCUGUGGUCCUUUAAGGACACUUCUGCUUUUUGAGCACAGUGAUGUGGUGGUCAUCGCCCUCCUCGGUGUCCUUUUCACAAACUCAGGAGGGGGACCUUCCAAGACCAGAGGGGCUGUUUUUUUCAUCAUCGCUGUAAUAUGCCUCUUCCUCUUCGACAACGAUGAUCUCAUAGCAAAGAUGGCCGACCACCCUGAGGGACAUCAUGACAGCGCACUCACUCAUUUCCUCUACACGGCUAUUUCAUUUUUGGGAGUUGCAGAUCAUAAAGGUGGCGUUGUGCUGCUGGUGGUCUCGCUGUGUUUGAAGGUGGGCUUCCACACAGUCUCUCGAAAACUGUCCGUGGAAAUCGGUGGUGCCAAACGUCUCUACGCCCUCGACAACCUUGUUUCUGCCAUGGUGCUGCUGCCCUGGGUGAUAGUGCUGUCAGCGACCACAGAAAGUAAAGUGGAGUCCUGGUUGUCUCUCAUCCUGCCGUUUGGGAUGAUAAUCUUCUCCAUCAUGAUCCUGGAGUUUUACGUUGAGGCCACCUGCAAUGCAAAGAUGGAGACGCAAAGGUGCGCCCGCUACGGCACCAUCGCCCUCUUCCUCAGCGCGCUGUUGUUGGCAAACUUCUGGACUCACCCUCUGACGGACCAGAUCCGUGCCAUGAGGAAACCCCCCCAGCAGGUCAGCACGGAGCACGUGCUCUCUGGUGGAGUGAUAGUUAGCGCCAUCUUCUUCAUCAUGUCGACCUGCAUUCUGUCGUCUCCAUCAAAGAAAGGGCAGAAGGGAACGUUGGUGGGUUACUCUCCUGAAGGGACUCCUCUCUACAACUUCAUGGGUGACGCCCUGCAACACACGUCGCAGUCUCUACCGAGAUUCAUCAAAGAUUCACUGAAGCAGAUCCUGGAAGAGUAUGACUCCAGACAGAUCUUCUACUUCCUGUGUCUCAACCUGGCUUUCACCUUCGUGGAGCUGUUUUACGGCGUUUGGACCAACAGUCUGGGUCUUAUCUCUGACGGCUUCCACAUGCUGUUCGACUGCUCCGCUUUAGUCCUGGGCCUGUUUGCCGCCCUCAUGACCCGCUGGAAAGCCACCAGGAUCUUCUCCUAUGGGUAUGGACGAGUGGAAAUACUUUCUGGGUUCAUCAACGGCCUGUUUCUGAUGGUCAUCGCUUUCUUUGUUUUUGUGGAAUCAGUCACCCGUUUGUUGGAUCCUCCCAACAUAAACACGGACAUGCUGACUCCGGUCUCGGUUGGAGGCUUAUUGGUCAACCUGGUGGGCAUCUGCGCUUUCAGUCACGCCCACUCCCACGGCAGCAAAAGCUGCUCGUCACAUGACCACGGCCACUCCCACCACGGCCACUCCCACAGCGAGCACAGCCACGGAGGUCACGGACACUCUCACGGCGCACACAGUGGACAUGGGCAUUCCCACGGCUCGGGGGGUGGAGGCAUGAACGCCAACAUGAGAGGUGUCUUCCUCCACGUUCUGGCUGACACCUUAGGCAGCGUUGGCGUGAUCAUCUCCACCAUCCUCAUCCGUCAGUUCGGCUGGUUGAUCGCUGAUCCCAUAUGCUCGCUCUUCAUCGCCACGCUCAUUUUUCUCAGUGUCAUUCCUCUACUGAAGGAUGCCUGCGAGGUUCUCCUCCUUAGAAUUCCUCCAGAACUGGAGAAGGACCUGAACAGUGCGCUGGAAAAGGUGGAGAAGAUUGAAGGAGUUCUGUCCUACAGAGACCCUCAUUUCUGGAGGCAUUCAGCCAACGUGAUUGCUGGGACCAUUCACCUCCAGGUGAUGUCAGAUGUGGUGGAACAAAGAAUCAUACAGCAGGUAACGUCCAUUUUGAAGGAUGCAGGAGUGAAUAACCUGUCGGUCCAGGUGGAGAAGGAGGCGUACUUCCAGCACAUGUCCGGGCUCAGCACCGGAUUUAACGAAGUCCUGGCAAUGACGCAGCAGAUGGAGUCCAUGAAAUACCUAAACGAUGGGACGUGCAUCAUGUGACGUCCGUUUAGCUGGACCAAAUGAAACUUUUUUUUCUGGUGCGACCAUCACGUUUUUCAUGGAAAUGUACAGUGUAUGUGUGUUUUAAAUAAAUCUGAAUAUAUUGGUUUUGA